AUGUCGAAUCUCUUGUUUCAGUUCAUCUUUUUCGUUCUCUCUCUCUCUCUCCCUCUCUCUCUCUCUCUCCUCUCUCUCUCUCUCUCUCUCUCUCUCUCUCUCUCUCCCUCCCUUAAUAUACCAUUGGUGCUCAGGAAUGAAAGCGCACAGCGAGCGAGUCACGUGAUUACCACGUGUCGGAUUCCGAAACCGGACGCCGUCGAACUUGGAUUCCUGGAGACGAUUCUUAUUCUGAGACAAAGUAAGGGUAUUUCUUUCUUUCUUUCUUUCUUUCUUUCUUUCUUUCUUUCUUUCUUUUGUUUGUCACUUUUCUUUCUUUCUUUGUUGGUUUCUUCAUUUUUUUCUUUCUUUCUUUACUUCUUUUCUUACUUUUUCUUCGUUUGUUUGUUUGUUUGUUUGUUUGUUUCUUUCUUUCUUUCUUUCUUUCUCCCUCCAUCUUUCUUUCUUACUUUUCCCCUUCCAUUUCUCUUUCUUUCUUUCAUUCUUUCUUUCAUUCUUUCUUUCUUUCUUCUCUAUUUUUCCUUUCUUUUUUUUAUCCCUACCUUACUUUCUUCUUUUUUUUUUAUUUUCACCUUUCUCUUCGCCUGCACACUUAUUUUCAUUCGUCUUCUUCUUCGUCUUAUCUCCAUUUCUCUUCUUCUUCUUCUUCUUCUUCUUCUUCUUCUUCUUCUUCUUCUUCUCUUCACCUUUUCCUUUUCUCUUUUCUUCUCCUCCUCUUCUUUCAUUUCCACCCCUUCUUCUCCCUAUUCUACAUUUUCUUGUUACAACAACAGAAGCUGA